AUGUCCGUUCCCGAUGCUUCUGUGGGGACAGCCACGCCCCCCUCGAAACACAGAGGGCCCCGGGCAAGAAGAGAGGGCAGCGUCGCCCGUGACAAAGAUGGCUGCGGCGACUGUCAAAGCCUAGGCUUCCCUCACCCGACGGGAUCCUACGUCAGCACCUGGCGUCUGAAAAGAUCCGGCGAAGAGAGGAGCCCUGUCGUCCACAUGAGCCAACACGGACCUCGCGGAGGGAGGAAAAUGGUUGAGAAAGCAGAGGGUUUGAGCAUAGCUCAGCAGGUAGAGAGCCUAGAAGACAAGUUGACGCUUUGCAGGCAAGCCUUGGAAGAGGUGGAUUUUAAGCUACGCAGAAAAGAACUAACAUCUGCACGAAGAGAAUCACUGGAAAAAGAAAAAAACAUGCUAGAAACAAAGGCCGAAAUUUAUGAGAAAGAGCUCAAAAUGCUUCGUCAUGAGAAUCGGAAGACUGUAGCGCUUUCAGCAGCCAUCAUACUCUUAGUGUUUGUUAUUUACACCUGCUGGACCAUGUAACAUUUAGGUGCUGAAAUCUAAUUACUUUAGACGGUGAUGAUUCUACCUCUUCCCAAAUGUGUGCCAAGGGUAAGAUCAGCUUUCCAUACCAACUUGCUCUGCAACUUGGACCAUCUUAGGAUAGUCCUCACAAAGAACUUCAAUAGAAAAUUAACCAAGGACAAAGGGCGGGCUGAGUUGGACCUUCCAGCUGAUGGCUAGGCAACGGGAUUACGAGGGGCAGGUUAGUUGCACCCUGAUUGUAGAAUAGCCUUCAGAGACUGAGCUGGGGCCACUGUAUUUUUUUUUAAUGGCAGGCAAUAUAUCUUUAUAGAGGCUUCUAUGUCUUUCAUUAAGUCCUU